CAGUCCUGAUGCAUCAUGGCCAUUCAUUGUUACUCUCCCAUCAAAGUGAAUUCAGCGGCUGCUCCCUCUGGAUGGAACUGGGAGAUGAAACCCUGUUCAGCUGCAGCACCAGUGAAACCGAGGCAACGGUUGCAUGAACUUCCCAACGCAGCCAGGCUGAUGCUCUCAACCCUUUUUGGAAAGUUCAGCCCUGAGUUGAGCAACUUGCACCUGAAGGAGGAGAAAACAAAACCAAACACGAAUGGUGCUAUUGUCAAGACAGAUGACAAUGCAGAGAAGACGGAAGAUGAGGAAAAAGAGGAUAGAGCUGCCCAGUCCUUAUUGAACAAGCUGAUUCGCAGCAACUUGGUGGACACAACAAACCAAGUAGAGGUGCUACAGAGGGAUCCUACAUCACCUCUCUACUCUGUGAAGUCUUUUGAGGAGCUGCGACUGAAACCCCAGCUCCUGCAGGGUGUCUAUGCCAUGGGCUUCAACCGACCAUCGAAAAUACAGGAGAAUGCUCUGCCCCCAUGCUUUCUGCUUCUCCUGGGAAGUGCAGAGGACAGGAGAGCUCAUUCCAGCCCACAGAACCUGAUUGCACAGUCCCAGUCUGGUACUGGUAAAACAGCUGCCUUCGUCUUGGCCAUGCUCAGUCGAGUCGAACCUGGGAACAAGUAUCCACAGUGCCUGUGCCUUUCCCCAACAUAUGAACUGGCACUUCAAACAGGAAAAGUAAUUGAACAGAUGGGAAAGUUUCAUCCAGAGCUUAGACUUGCGUAUGCUGUCCGGGGCAACAAAUUGGAGAGAGGUCAGAAGAUCUCUGAGCAGAUUGUCAUUGGCACCCCUGGCACUGUCCUGGACUGGUGCUCCAAACUGAAAUUCAUAGACCCCAAGAAGAUUAAAGUUUUUGUCUUGGAUGAGGCUGACGUGAUGAUAGCAACCCAGGGCCAUCAAGAUCAGAGCAUCCGCAUUCAGAGAAUGCUCCCCAGGGACUGCCAGAUGCUCCUGUUUUCUGCCACCUUCGAAGAUUCUGUAUGGAAAUUUGCCCAGAAAGUUGUUCCCGACCCCAAUAUCAUCAAACUGAAGCGAGAGGAGGAGACGCUGGAUACCAUUAAGCAAUACUAUGUCUUGUGCAAUAAUCGAGAUGAGAAGUUCCAUGCUCUCUGUAAUAUCUAUGGAGCCAUCACCAUCGCCCAGGCCAUGAUCUUCUGUCAUACUCGUAAAACAGCAGGCUGGUUGGCAGGAGAGCUGUCAAAAGAAGGUCACCAGGUAGCAUUGCUAAGUGGUGAGAUGAUGGUGGAACAAAGGGCUGCGGUGAUCGAGCGUUUCAGAGAGGGCAAAGAGAAAGUGCUGGUGACCACAAAUGUCUGUGCCAGAGGCAUUGAUGUAGAGCAGGUCUCUGUUGUUAUCAACUUUGACCUUCCUGUGGAUAAAGAUGGCAACCCAGAUAAUGAGACUUAUCUGCAUCGGAUUGGGCGUACAGGUCGUUUUGGCAAGCGAGGACUGGCUGUUAACAUGGUAGACAGCAAGCACAGCAUGAAUAUUCUCAACAGAAUUCAGGAGCAUUUCAACAAGAAGAUAGAGAAACUGGAUACUGAUGACUUGGAUGAAAUUGAAAAAAUAGCCAACUGAUAUGAAGCUGCUGAAACUGGUGUACACCCUCCUGGGGUAGCUCUCCCACUACAAUUGGCUCAGCGCUCAGAUUGGCACACCUUUUGGCCAGUCGUGAAAAGGACUCUUAAGAUAAGAAAACACAGAAAUUACCUCACUUUAAAAAUUGCAGUUGGACUUAAAAUUGUACCGCUCUGGGGAAGAAGAGGAAAUGUUUACAGAAGAUUUUAACAUUUCUUAGUUUAGCCUUAAAAUGGGAAAAUGUUUUAAAUUCUAAGAAAUAGACUUGCCAAAAAGUGGCCAAUACGUAAAUAUCUAAAAGGAAUAAACAAAUGCUUUAUCAUUGUUAACUGGGAUACUGUUUUUAACAUAUGUUAUCAGUAAAACAAAACUCAGCCAAAUAUAUGGACAUUGACUUUAAAAAGCAAGGCAGACGGUUUUGACUAAAAGCUAAAUUUACCUACAAUAGGAUUUCUUUUUUUUUUUUUUCCUGGCUUCCUGGUGGAUUUACCCUGUUUUUGUAGAUUGUCCAGAAGAUCUCCUCACUAGUUCAUAUUCUCAGUGAUGCUGUGUUGCUUUUAAUGGGAGUAUUUUGUUUUUAGUUUUGUUUUUUAGAAUGAGCACUCUUCCGAAAGCAGUGCGGUGGUUGACAGUGUUACUUAACUACUAUAGAAGUCCAUAUGCGGCAGUUAACCUUGCCAAACCAAAUCUUGGUUCAUAAAAGUGGGAGGGAUCAGCAGCGUAAAGAGGACUGUACUAAUUAAUAUCCCAAAUAAAUUCACCCCUACAAAUGGGGGAUUAGUGUCUCUACAAAUAUUAGUGUGUCUUGGCAGGGGAGUGGGAAUUCUAGUUACCUUUAUGCAGGUGGUGCCAGUUUUAAAAUGCUGCUGUUGUCUGGGCAGCUCCAUAUGAAGUCUCAUAUGAAGCUGUUGGCCUCUACCAAUCAAUAAUGGAAACAGGAAUAUUUAUCUGAUUAAAAAAUCAAAAUAGCUUGUAUUGACCAAAAAUACCCAUAAAGAGAACACCAAAUUUGCCUGUUACAGCAUGUUUCAGUACCACAGUCUUGAGUUAAAUUGCUCAGCCAAAAUACUGAUGGGAAGCACUCUACUUUCAUUGUGCUUGUAUCGCAAAGCAGACAGGUCAUCAGGCCCUACAAACCUUGCCCCCCAAUGUGACCCUUGCCAGUGAAGGUUUUUAUUUAGAACUUCUAUGUUUGGGUUUUUAGUUGAAUUGGGACCACUUACCAUGCACAAGUGGAAGUUGGUGGGGUUUUGUUCCUCCCUAAUUCCAGAAGUAUGCUCCUAAACAUUAACUUUGUGGUGCACAGUUCUUUUGGGAAAAGUGGACAUGCGUGAGCAGUCAUCAGAUUGCUACUCAGUGAAGGAAUCACUUCAAAAUAAAUGUAUAAAUUGUAAAUUUAACUAUGAAUUUUCUUUGCAAUUUUGGCCAUCAUAUUCUGUUCAAAGACAGGAACGUUGAUCCUUUUACCAAGUAAAAAAAAAGGCUCAUUUAAAAUGUACCUAAAAUUUUAGGAAAUUGUGCACCCUUUUAUCAAUUUGUAUAAAGUCUUUAGUGGAAAAACUGUUAAAAUUAAACUUUUUGUAUUCUGGGGUGUAUCUAUUUUUAUUCUGUUUAAAACCUAUUUAAAAUGGCAGGUGAGUGAGUGCUUGCGUGUAGAAUGGAAGACUUGUUUCAAACACCUUUAAUAGUACAACUGAAUGACCUUGUGACAGCAGUGCAUUGGGUUGAACUGUCAUGAACGCCGCUGCUGGUCCUGUGUGCUGUUUCUAAUGUACUUUUAAUUGGAAUAAAGACUACAUACUGAACUGUG